ACACUUUAUUCUCAUUCAAUUAACAACUAUGAAGUUUAAGCAAUAUUUACUGAUUCCUUUAACGAUAAUUUUAUCGUUAAAUUUUGUGAGGGGAGAUGAAUUUAUUCAACCGGGAUAUUAUUACAUUUUAACACAGCCACUUCCAGUUAAUCAUAAUAAAAUUAAUUCAUUGAAUCAACCUUGUGAAAUGUGUUUUAUUGAUACAAAUCAACAACAGCAACAACAACUAUAUCAACAAUUAAUACCGAAUACACCACCAAAGGAAGCAAUAAUUCCAGAAUUAUUUCUUACUGAAAAUAGAAAAAAUAUUCAGGAAAUUCAAGUUCCAAAUCAAGAAAAUGAAAUUCAAAAUCAACCACCACAGAUUUAUACACAAUCUGGUAUAAAUGAACCAAAAAUUAUUAAUGAAUUUACUAAUUCUAAUCAGACAGAAUCCGUCACCGAUAGUGGGAGCAUAUUUGUUUCCCCGAACGCGCCCUUAAUAAAUGAUUCUAAAGUCGAUGAUUUACACAAAGUUAUUAUUCGGAACACUAAUGACAAUCCAGAUUUUCAAAAAAAUAAAAAGACUUUUGACAUUGUAUUCUCCCAAGAAGUUUUACAACAAAUGGCAAGGGACUUGGUCAACACUUUUAUAAACAAAAUUCCAGGUGGUGUGAAAAAUUUCAAUUUUACCCAAUACGCUGAAGAGGUGGAAAAAAUUAUAAAAACAUAUCUACCAUAUGGAAUUCUUUCUGUUGCUAAUGGAGAAAUCAGUAAUUUUGUGCAAAACGUUUUACCACAAUUGAACGGUCAAUCAUUACAAAAUCUUAUAAACAAUCCAAAUUUGGUAAAUAAUUAUGCAACAACAAGAAAUAAUUUCGAUUCGUUGGGAGCAUUUUUCAAUUAUGUAUUAAAAAAUGGAGGACCAGGAUUAACGCAAUCAGAAAAUGCGAGAAAUUAUAAUUCAUUAUAUAUGAAUAAUAAUGGACAACCCUAUGUAAAUAAUAAUUAUGGACAACCGGAAAAUCAAAAUUAUAAUUCUCAAUUUCGAAAUUUUAAUUUUCAACCACCUGUUAAUAAUAAUAAUAAUAACAAUAAUGGAUUAUCCGAUAUUCGAAAUUUUCCACCUUUAAAUAACAACAACAACAACAACAACAAUUUUCCACAACCUCUAAACAAUCGAAAUUUCAAUAUUCCACCUGGACAAAAUUUUAAUUUACCAUUUAACAAUGGACAAGUCGAUGGCCGAAAUUUUAAUCCUCCAUUAUUUAAUAAUAAUAAUAACAGACAAUUGGAAUAUCAAAAUUUCAAUUCACAACAAUCUACGAACAACAAUGGUCAACCGGUAUUUCGAAAUUAUGAUUCUCCAUCUUCUACCAGCAAUAAUGUACAAAAAUCUGGAGAGCAAAAUUCAAAUUUUCCAUUUACGAACAACAAUAACGUGCAACGUAGAAUGGUAAUUAAUCCAAAUAAUUAUAAAUUUAAAGUGUUGAAUACAAAUUUUAAAAAUUAUUUCACGUAGAGUGAAAGAGGAAUUUAAUUUUUAAAAUUAUUUUUUUAAAUUUAUAUUAUUAUAAUUAUGUGAUAAAAAUGUGUAAAUCGAAAACUCUUUAUUAUUGAUAGAUAUAGAUUUAAUUCUUUUUAAGUUUUAUAAUAUAUUAUUCCUCAUAAAUUUUUCCUUAUUAUAUAACAAUUUGAUUGUUUAUAAUAACUUUUUACUAUUGUAAUUUUAAUGAUAAAUAUUACUCAAAUUAUUUAUUAAUUACUAUAUUUGCCUGAUGGAAUAAUGAUUAUUUAUUCUCAUGGUAAAGAAUUUCUAAAUCACUUUUAAAUUACAAUUUAAAAAAAAGUGAAU